AUGGCCUCCGUCGCUACCUAUCCCGACUCCACGCCCUCGUCCGAAUCGUUCCGAAGAAUCCUCCUUGACACGUUUGGACAGAUGAUGUACGUCUCCGGCGAGACUGGCGAGCCCUCGGUCGAAACCACGAGUAUCAUCGAAGACAUUGUGCGACAGCAGGUUAUCGAACUGCUGCGCAACUGCACCGAGCUCGCCUCCCGCCGCGGCUCCAAGUCCAUCAGCACCAACGACCUCAUCUUCCAGAUCCGCCACGACCAGGCCAAGGUCUCCCGCCUGCGCACCUUCCUCUCCUGGAAGGACGUCCGCAAGAACAUCAAGGACUCGGACGACAAGGGCGCCGACGCCGACCUCGCCGCCGCCGGCGGCGCCGACGACCCUAGCGCCACCCUGACCGCCGGCGGGCCCGUCGACGAGGCCGCCAAGAAGAACAAGAAGGCCAAGGUCGGCCUCCCCUGGGAGCCGGCCUCCUUCUUCAACGUCGAGGUGCCCGAGCGCGACGACGAGGAGGACGAAGAAGAAGAGGAGAUGAACUACAUCACCCUCCAGCGCCUCCGCAAGGCCGACGAGCGCACAAAGGUCAUGACCCGCGAGGAGUACGUCACUUGGUCCGAGUACCGCCAGGCCAGCUUCACCUGGCGCAAGGGCAAGCGCUUCCGCGAGUGGGCCGGCUUCGGCAUCGUCACCGACUCCAAGCCCUCGGACGACAUCGUCGACAUCCUCGGCUUCCUCACCUUCGAGAUGGUCCAGACCCUCACCGAGAUGGCCCUCAAGGCCAAGGAGCAGGAGGACAUGGCCCGCGCGCAGACCGGCGACCCGGCCGCCUCCCAAGGUGGCGGCGGCGGUGCUGCGGGGGCCGGGACGACGACGAAGAAGCGGAAGCAUCAGUACGGGCUCUUCGAUCCCCCCAGCGAGGGCCGCUCGCCCAUCGAGCCGCGACACGUGCAGGAGGCUUUUCGCCGCUUCCAGCAGCGGCCCAAGAAGACGAGGGCCAUGCUCAACAACACCCGCAUUGUUCAAAAGACGCCCCUCAACAUCUUUUGA